AUGAAAAAGUUAAUCGAAAAGAAUGUUAUAAAAAUAAAUUACCACAACUUUUUAAAUAAAUACAAAACACACACGGGGUAUGAAAGGGAUGCCACUGACAAUGAACUGUACGAACACUUCAUCGUUAAUCCGCUCACUUAUUCCAGACCGAGGGGAUGCUUGCCAGAAGGGUUCAGUCGCUGGAAAGAAUUACAACAAUUGGAUGGAUUAAACAUUUUUGAAAUUGUUGAUUAUGUCAAUGUAGGGGAGCGGCUGUACAAGUUUGAUGAGGAGGGCGGGGGGGAAGAUGACGAAGUGCAGGAUUCCCCCAACGGCUCGGAGGACUGUGGGGACUCGCCAUAUGAUGAUCCAUCUGAUGAUAGUAAGAUCGGUCAAUUUAACAAAUUGAAAAAGAAGAAGAACGAAAGAAAUGACAAAAAAAAGACAGCAAAUAGGAUGAACAAGAAUUACUUGUCCAACAAGGGAAAUUCUGAAAAGAGAAGAAUUUUUCGCUUUUUACUCUUCGAUGGGCAUAAUUUUAUUUAUGCAUAUGAGAAGGAGUACAACGAGAAUUUUAACUACCUAGAAAAGUAUACUUAUAGGUACCCCAAAAUUAUUUUGUAUAAUAAACCCUCCAUUCAACGUGGGACAUUAUUGUUAAAGAAAAAUCAGGUGACUAUUUUAUUUAAAGGAUGCAAAGUAUCCGAAACGGGCUCUCCCCCUUUGGAAGAUGACCAGCUGGAUGAAGUGACUUCCACUACAGGGACUCCCUUUCAUGCGGAGAACAUCCCAAAUUACCAAGUCUCUAUAAGAAAGAGAGAAAACCAUAAUAUUAUCAAUUUAACCGAUGGCCCAAAAAAUUACGCUUAUAAGGAGGACAGAAUUAGGAUGCGCGAAGAAAUUCAAUACAGGGAAAACCAAAAUGAUGAUACCCCCAGGAAAUUCUACUACGUAGAAGACACGGCAAAAAAUGAUUUCCAAUUUAAGAGUACAUACCUCAAUAGGAUGAAUCAUCCCAACGUGGAGGAUAGAAGCAAGUCCAACAUAUGUAACAGGAUUAAUCAGCACAGCCAGGAUGCACUUGGAAAGGAAUAUACCAAUAGCAAAUGGGAGCAUACAUGGAAAGGGCGUACUUAUGAGCACAGUGUAGAAACGGAACAUAAACAGGGCGCGGGUAACAACCCCAAUGAACAUUACAACCGCAACCGUACGUGGAGUCAUCUUCAAGGUUUGGAAAAGGCUGACGGGGAGAAUUUUAACACGGGUCAUGGUAACUACUGGGAGAAACACCAAAGUGAACACAACACCGGUAUGCACGCCAUGCAGAGCAGGAACGACUACAAUAGAGAGAGAAUCCACUUCUACAAUAGGGAUAAGUAUAGGCAAUACCCCACAAAUGGUUAUGAUAAUUAUGAGAAGAACUGUAGUGAGGAUUAUCCAAGGCUGAGCGAAUAUAACGAUAAAAAUGACGAGCGCAUUCAUUGGUCAAAAGAAGCCAAGAACAAGCAUGUCAGCAACGAACUGAAAGACACAGGUUAUCAAAGAUUAAGUGGUGCUGUAGGAGGAGAUUGGAGCGAUCAGCUGAAUCAUGGAAGCAAUAGAAAUGAAGGAGAUAACAGCCAGUUUAGUAGCCAAUAUGGCAACUUUGGGAAUAUGGCUCAUUAUCCCAUGGAUACAAAUGAUUGGGAAAAGAAGAACGUUUUAACAGCGCAUGCAAGAGGGGAGGGAGAAAACUGGAUGAUGGGCAGCCGGUUCACAGAAACGCAUUCGACGAGUCGUGAAAACCAAAUGGGUGAGACGCUCCAAAAUGUAGAACGCACACAUUUUGAGGUGAAAGACCCAGUGGAAAAGAACAUUGUUGGGCUGAAGAGCGGCGAAAUUUUCAACGAAAAAGAUCAACACUGCGAUGCCAUAAACAAAAAAAAAGGCAACGAAUUAAUCGAUUUGACGGAGGGUUUUUUUCAGUCUGAUUUUUUUCACAAUACAAAUGAAUUGGACAGUGUUAAUAAAGGUAGCGAGGUUAUUAUUCUCGAUGAAUGA